ACAGAUUAAAAAGCUACAGCUGGCCGCUGGUAACAUUGCAGUUAGCAGGACAAACGCACGCGUAAGCAGGGCUGACAUCAUUUUAUUUUUUUUGCUGAAAUGAUUAGUGGAUUUGAACCGUCGGUGCUUCUGUGGAUUAUCGUGGUGCUGUCGGGAUGGGCAUUAUUCAUAAUACAGAGGAAUCUUUUUGGUCAAAAAGGCAAAAGAAAUGCAGGAGAGACUGGAGCUGAGAGGCUUCCUGCAGAGGCUGAGGAAAUGACGGACGUGAAAAGCACAGGCAAUUUGGAAAGUCCCUGCAUCAAAGAAGCAACAGAUCAUCCGAUAAAUGGGGGAAACAUAGUGUCUAAACAGACAUCCUCUGUUCAGGAACCCAUGCAAGAGGAAGACAUUGCAGCAAGCACUGACCCUGGUUUUAAGUCCCCAAAUGAAAUGGACCUGCCUUCUGUUGAUGGACACCAUACUGACACUGUGCCUGGUAGUAAUGAGCAUUUGAGUGAGAGAAAUCAAACCCAUCUCCCAAAAAAAGAAGCGACUGUAGUGUGCAGGAAAACGACAGGCUUUAAAGCCAAUGUGAACAGUGCAUGGGAACCCAGUAUGGAAAAAACUGAAAUAAGCAUCAUGGAGGCAACAAUGAAUGACAAUGAGUGGCUGAAGGGGCUUGACGACAACUCUGGAGUUCUGAAUGGCAGAGAGAGUACAAAAAUGCAUGACGUGCAAUCGGGCACUCUAUCAGAUUCGGGAUCUAAAGAGGGCGUGCUGGGAGACCUGGACACCGCAGGUAUACAGGAGUCUGUGCAGACGAGCAAGAAGAUCUUGGCUGUGUCACCGAUGCCGCAGAAUGUCAGUGUAUCUUUCCGUGUGCACUAUAUUACCUGUUCACCGUUCCAGUUGAUCGCUGUUACUGGGAACCACAGGGAGCUUGGAAACUGGGAGAACUACGUGCCUCUAAGGCAGGAUAAAGAUGGAUUUUGGUGUAAUUCUAUUACCCUACCGGCUGAUGUAAAAAUGGAAUGGAAGUUUGUGAUGGUGGAGAAUGGCAAGAUCAAGCGCUGGGAAGAGUGUUUAAACAGAUGUUUGGAAACCACCCAUGAUAUUCAAGCGCACAAAUGGUGGGGAUGUCGCAUGUAAUCUGAUGCUGGAGUCUUCUGAAUUGAGGCUUUUACUGCAAAGGCAAGGCAUUCAAUUGUACUUCCAGUAGUUGCUGGUUGAUAGCUGUUAUGGGAAUGUUAAGGAGUAAAGCCCUUUGGUUUUUUGAGUUCAUUAUGGAACCUUUAGUGAUGUGCUCACUGUUAGAUCAAUGGAAUGUGCAAAAUGUAAACCUUGUAUGUUACCAAUUCAUGUUGAUUGUCUGAACAGUGUUUAAUAGAAUAAUGGCAGUAGUUUUGCUUUUUAUUUGUCUGAAAUACAGUAGUGUGAAUGUUGCUGUGCAAAAAUAAAUGGCUUCAAGAGA